GAUAUACUUCAGCAAAGUAUUUACAUCCUUUUGUAAAUCUGUGUAGCAGCUUUAUGUAAAGUCACUUCUGCUUUAGAGUUAAGCUCGUACUGUUUUUCAUCUGUUCAUCUAUUAAAGUAUAGUCAGAUUACAAAAGUUGUAUUUAAGAGCAUUUCAUUAUAGUGUGAACUUUUUUCUUAAUUCCCCCCUCCCCCAACACACAGACUCAAUGCAUGUACACUAACUGUGCAUAUUCUGAAAGAAUGUUUACUCAGAUUGAUGACUCUGGAACAUCUAUCUCUCUGGCCCAGCUUACAAAGGUUACAGGCUUGAGGAACUCUUCCUCCCUCCCCAAGCUAUUCGACAAGCUGGAUGGAAGAUGGUUUUAUACGGCCAAUCUGGCUGAAGCUAACGCCUCAGAGGAAGAUAAAAUUAAGGCAAUGAUGACUCAGUCUGGUCAAGAAUAUGAUCCAGUCAAUUACAUGAAGAAACCUUUGGGUCCUCCUCCUCCAACAUAUACAUGUUUUCGUUGUGGAAAACCUGGCCAUUAUAUUAAAAACUGCCCAACAAAUGGGGACAAAAAUUUUGAAGCUGUGCCGAGGAUUAAGAAAAGUACGGGGAUUCCCCGCAGUUUUAUGGUAGAAGUUGAUGACCCCAACAUGAAGGGUGCAAUGCUCACCAAUACUGGGAAAUACGCAAUACCAACAAUUGAUGCGGAAGCAUAUGCACAGGGCAAGAAGGAAAAGCCGCCGUUCUUGCCUGAGGAACCCUCAUCAUCAUCUGAAGAGGAAGAUCCAAUCCCUGAUGAACUGUUGUGCCUUAUCUGCAAGGAUCUUAUGAUGGAUGCUGUUGUUAUACCAUGCUGUGGGAACAGUUACUGUGAUGAUUGUAUCAGAACAUCAUUACUGGAAUCUGAAGAGCACACCUGCCCAACUUGCCAUCAGACAGAUGUUUCACCUGAUGCUUUGAUUGCAAACAAAUUUUUAAGACAGGCUGUGAACAACUUCAAAAAUGAAACCGGUUACACCAAACGAGCUCGCAAGCAACAGCCAACUCAGCAGCAGCGACAGGCUCCGUCCCAACAAAUACAUAAUCAACAAUCUGCUCUGAGGCCAUUGCCCCUGCUCAACCCUCAACCUGUUCUUCCAGUAAGCAGAGCAGCUAGCUCAAAACCAGCAGACACGCCAGUCACCACCACUCCUCCGACUGGCCCAACUUCCCUUCCAAGUGCAGCCCCUACCCCAGUACGUGCUCCUUCUCCUGUGAAAACUAGUAGAGCUCCCCCCACUGCCAACAACCCUGCUCCAGACUUGUCAACAGCCACAGUUCAUGUUCAUCCGUUACCUCCAAAGCACGAAGAAGGGGAUAUUGAACUCAACAAAACAGUUGUUGUCACAGCCACAACUGGAACAAUCACAAGCAAUCCAUCGAUGUCUACAAGCAGUACCUCUGUCGUAAAGGGUUAUCAAGUUCCUGUUCUUGGUCAUCCGGCUUCACACGGGCAGUCCAUACCCACAACAGGUCAACCAAUGAGAAGCAGUGGGGUUCGACCACCAGGGAACAGACCUGGCUGGGAAUUGCCGUCCACCAGAGGGCAUCAGCAGAGUGAUCGUGUUCCAAGAAGCAGAGCGCAGGCAACAAAUCCCCCACCAGUGUACGUGCAUCCACCAACCCUAUAUCCUCCUCCACCUCACCCAGUUCCACUUCCUCCAGGAGUGCCUCCUCCUCAAUUCCCUCCACAGUUUCCUCCUGGCCAACCACCACCCGCUGGAUUUAGCAUCCCUCCUCCAGGAUUCCCGCCAGCUCCAGCAACUAUUUCUGCCCCUUGGGUACCUCCUGCCACUCCAGCAACUCCUGCGAGUGUAAUGCCAACAGUCACACAAGCACCCCCACUUUCCAGGGAGGAGUUCUACAGGGAACAGCGACGGCUGAAAGAGGAGGAGAAGAAAAAGUCCAAGCUUGAUGAGUUCACCAAUGAUUUUGCUAAGGAGUUAAUGGAGUAUAGAAAAAUUCAAAAGGAACGCAGGCGUUCCUACUCAAGGUCCAGGUCACGUUCAUAUAGUGGAUCAUCAUUCAGUGGAAGCUCUUAUUCUUAUUCCAAGUCUCGAUCUAAUUCCUCAAGAUCCUAUUCUCGGUCAGUUAGUAGAUCACCAAGUCGUUCGUAUUCAAGAUCCCCUUCGUAUCGAAGAGGCAGUGGAAAGAGUCGAGGUUAUCGAUCCAGAUCCAGGUCACGUGGGUUCCACCGAUCCAGAUCCAGGUCACCAUCCUACAGAAGCUAUCGCUCUCGCACCCGAUCUCCAAAUUACAAAACACAUUCUCCUUACAAACGAAAUGCUCCCCAAGGUGAAAACGAUCGUGAAUAUUAUGAUCGCUACAGAGAGCCACCGCCUCCAUUCGACUACAGAGAACUUUAUGAAAGGCCUCGUGAUCCAAGAGACUCUUUUGAGAGGGAACGGUACAGAGAGUGGGAAAGGCGAUGCAGAGCAUGGUACGAAUAUUAUAAGGGCUACAGUGGUGGUAAUCAGCCGCGACCACGGUCUCCCUCAAAUAAGGAUCACUUCUCUCCAGAGCGCUUUGGUACUGCAAGUGCUAGGCGUGACGGUUCACCGCAUAGCCGGGGCCGUCGAGAUGAAUAUCCAGUUGAACAGACCUCUCGUAUUCGUAAUAUAGCUGGCACUGGGAAUUAUCAAGAAAAGUACUCUUACAGAGAGAGUCACAAUACAAAAGAAUCAAGAGAUUCAAAAGAAAAAGAAGCACCAAGCCUUCGUCCUGAUUCCAAAGGAACAAAGCAUAAAAAACACAGGAAGAAGAAAAAAGAUGAAACAGAGAUGCUCACCAACCCUGAUUCUUCUCGGGAUGGGAAGAAAACUGGGGAGACCCCUGGCGAUGAAGGGAAAGGGACCUCUUUAUUUCUGCCCCUCAGCAGAGACGAUGCAACACCAGUGAGAGAUGAGCCCAUGGAAGGAGACUCUAUUCCUUACAAAGCCACAUCUGAAAAGGAGAGAAAGGAAAAGUUAAAAGCAAAGAGUGAUAAACAGAAACGGAAAACAGAGAGCAGCACACCAAAGAAGGAAUCCUCUGGAAAAACAGCAAAAGUAUCUCAGGAAAAGCCUAUCGAGAGAGAGCGAGAGAAAUCCCCUCACACUGAGAUCACUGCAAAGAAAGUAAGAGAGGAAUGUCCUCCCAAAACAGAGGGGACAAAAAUCCAUCUUCUUCCAAAAAGCGAGAAGUUUUUUUUACCCAGGAAGGUGCAACUUAAAAUGGGGCGUGAAUACCAAGAGAUGAAGAUUGUAAAAGAGGAAAAACAAAGAAAGGAUUACCCCAGGGAGGAAACUAAACAUGAAAAACACGAUAAAGUAGUCAAUAGAGAGGAAAAAUCAAAAAAGAUCAUUAAAGCUGAUGAAAAACCAACUAAAGCAGAAGUAAAAGCUGAUAAACGUAAAAGGAAAACUGAUGAAAAAGUGCCCGAGAGAGAACUUGGAACACCUCCGACUAAAUCUUCAAAAGUAGAAACAGCAGAGGGAGCAAAAAGUUCAGUGAAAGGUAAAUUUAACUCUGGCAGUGAGAAAUCAACAGAAAAACACACAGACUUGCCUGCUGACAAGGAAAAGACGACUCCUCCAAAUGUAUCAGUGAGGAAAAUCAAAAUAAACCGGGAAAGUGGCAAAAAGAUUGUGAGUGGAGAGUCCCCAGCUCCACUGGAAGAGUCUACAGAAUUAGCAGAAAUUAAUGGUGCGAAAUCCAAACCUGAGAAAGUGCGAACCAAGACGAGGAGGAAAGUGGCUGGGGGCGAGGUGGCUGGUUCAACACUUGUGGAUUAUACAAGUACCAGUUCUGCUGGAGGCAGCCCCAUUAGGAAAGCUGAAGAGAAAUUGGACACAAAGAAAACCGUGAUCAAGACAAUGGAAGAGUACAACAGUGAUACUAGACCCCCAGCUGAAGAUGAGAUUGUUAUUGUCCAAGUUCCUCGUUCCAAGUGGGAAAAGGAGGAUUACGAGACUGAUGAAGAUGAAGGAAAAACAGCUGCUGCGUUAAAUAUUGGGAAAGCUGCUGGCUGUGGACUAAGUGCCACUGUGAAGUCUUUCAACCCAGCAAAGCAAACCGAUAAAGAGGUUCCAUCUGAGAGAUUCCCAAAAACUGUUAAAGAGCCAAAUCUGGAUGAGACUCAACAGGAGCCCAAAACAACGGCAAAAAAUUUAAAUGAGAAAGGUUUGAAGACCAAAGAUAAAGAGCAUGGGUCAGACAAAGAGACUCCAGACAAGAAGAAAGCUCUAAUUCAGCCUGACAAGCCAACAGUUACAGAGCGGGAUAUAGAGUCAGCAGUUGCCAAUAAUGUCCCUCAAUCUUCAAAAGACCGGUUGGUUGAAAAAUUAGAUCCAGGCAAUAGAGGAGCAUCAAACAAAGACUCUGGUCCUUCUGUUGAUGGAAAGGUGGAAAAUGUCGACAGGCAGGUCUCUGUUUCCAAACGCAGAGAGGAGCGAACUCGAGAUAUUAAGAAGCGAGAUUCUCCCAGUAAAUGUGAAGAACUGGCACCAAGCUUAAAAGGCAAGGAGCAACAGAUAGACACCAGGAAAAGUAGCUCAGAGCCCAAGAAAAAUGACCACAGUCCUGGGAAGGAAAGGAGACUGCAUACAGACCACAGAAGUAGUUCUGAGUCCAAAAGUGCCACUGAAGAACCAAAAUCAUCAUCCCUUUCCAGCCGAGAGAAGGAGAAAUAUAUGUUGGAAAUCAAGAGCAGUAAGGAGAGGCAAGUCUCUGGGAAAAUGGUCUCUCACCGGACUGAAAUAUCAGCAGAAAAGAAUGAGCAAGAGCAUUCUGGCCGAAGUGACAAAGAUCACAGCCGCAACAAGCCCGCUGGACCAGUUAGCCGCUCUGUCCGACAUUCUCGCCACUCUCUGGAUCUGGCCAGAGAAACUGAUGAGGCAGCCUUUGAACCUGACUACAAUGAGAGUGAAAGCGAAGUUGAAGAGGAGCAUACACCGAGAGAGGGAAGGGAAGCAAAAGAGAUUAUGCACCAAACAAGAGAGAUCAAGGGGACAUCCAUAGGUUCCAGAAAUAACAGCACUAAAAGUCUCACCCAAAACAGCAUGAGCCCGACUUGUUGUCGGAGUCACAGCCCAAGUGAGAGCCAGACUCGGAGCCGCAGUAGCAGUGUCAGUUCAGGGGACACUCAAGAUAGCAAAAAGAAAAAGAAGAAAAAAGAGAAAAAGAAACACAAAAAACACAAGAAGCAUAAAAAGCACAAGAAACAUUUGGGCAUUGAUUCUGAACUUGACAAAACACAGAAACACAAACACAAAAAGAAAAAGUCUAAAAAAAGCAAGGACAAAGAAAAGGACAAGGACAGUGACCAGAAGGUCCGAUCAUCUGUCAUCUUACGAACAGCAGAAACUGAUUAGACAGUGGCUGGAGCAUUUGAUCUGAUCCUGUAAUAAAUAGAAGCUUUGUAAAUAUUCACUCGGACAUUGCUAUUCUGCGCUGAGUCCACUGCAACUUUGGAGAUUUUGUUUUCUGUAAUAUUGAGGGUUUAUAAAUUAGUUUUUGUACAGAAUUAUGUUUGACCAUGUGUAUGGGCAGAUUAUCCUGCAGCAUUUUUAAGUGAACUAUCAGACUACACUGGGAACUACUGUGAAAAUUUUUCACUAAACUUUUUUUUAUAGCUGUGUAUACAAGCUAACAGUGUAAUUAAUGUAAAUGUUUUGCCUGAUGAUUUGCAGUAUAAAGUAAAGCCUCACUGUGUCAUCUUUUGACUGAAUAAAUUUUCAUUGAAUUCAUUA